AUGGAGAUCGACUCCCACCUUGACCCCGACUCAGAUUCAGACUAUGAAUACGAGUACCACCCCACCGAGACUGAAAGCUUCUAUCUCAACCUCGACCUAACAGCCCACCAUGGCGCAAUCCGCCCCCCACGCCAACGCCAGCCCGACAAAGCCAAAGAUCCAUCCCAAGACGACGACGAUCCAAACCAACCCAUAGACACCUUCACCCCACUCGACAGCGCCGAAGAAUCCCUCACUCGCGAGCGAAUCCAAAUCCUAGCCCUCCACACGUGCAACCCAAUAAUCGCAUACCAAAACCAAAUCUUCAGCUGCUCCUGGGCCGAUCAAAUCGGCACGGAACUCCUCUUCGCUCACCCAGAGACAGAUCCAGACAUGGAUCCCGCCCGCACCACGCCCCUCCGCAACGGUCCCGCAUUUGAGCUCCUCGCCGCCAACAGCGUCAAGAUCGUCGGUCGCAAAGCAAACCUCACCUCCAGCAGCGGCCUAUCUGGGACUGGGAGUGCAUCGCAGAACGCCAGUGGCGCUCUGCACAGUGGCCCGGGCCCGGGCCCGUCCACUGGACAAUCCCACCAGGCGCAGUUUAUCGCAAAGCUACAGGCGCUGAAGAAGAACAAGGGCGAAACGGACGAAGUAAGGACAAUCUAUCGGGUCCGUAAAAAUGUCGAUGUCGCAGAGCGUCUUGCUGCGUGGGCGAAGACGGAGGCCCAAGUCGCCGAUGUACAGAAAUUGCGCGAGAAAGCUGCCAACGGUGAUGUGGAUGCUAUGGAGCAGUUGGAGAUGCUUUUUCGUGCUUACUAUGAGGAAGACUCGGAGUAUCAGGAUCAGGAUCAGGAUCAGGAUCCUUCUUGA